AUGGUCACCCUUACGAGUCCGUCUUUGACCGAACUCUUGCAAUCCAUCGAAGAUAUCAAGGAUACUCAUGUCAGCCCACCGCGCCCUCAGAACCCAAAGAUGUCGUACCUUCUCGUCGAGGAGUUAGACUGGGAGACGUUUGAUCGGCUUUGGCAUGAUUCCAACUUGCUCAAAGCAGUGACUGCCACUCUUUGGAGGGCAAACCGCACUGUAAUAUUCCGAAUCAUGCCAAACAGACAGCACGAGGGGUUGCGCAGCAGGUUCGACGAGAUUCUUCUGAGAGUCUUACUGACAAUGCAUCUCGAGCCAAUGACACACGGCUUCCGUUGUUUCCGCUCUGCUCGAGUCUAUGGCGACCAGACCACCAAGGAGCCCGACUGUUCAUUUUAUCCGCCUGCAUCGUUAGGACCUGGAAUCACUCCGAGUCCCUCCCUGGUAUUGGAGGAGGGAGAGAAAGGGGAUGAAUCCCUCAUUGGAGAGGCUUUUCGCCUCGCAGAAGACAAAGGCAGUGCUGCCCUCUGGAAAUGUGUUGGGGCCAUUGUGGCCAUUGUGUUCACGAUCGGCUUGCGCGAUGUCCUGAGGGAAGUUGCCCUCAGUGAGUACCGCCUCUGGCGCAGUGUUUGGAAGGGUCAGAGUUUGGCUCUUCGCGUGCCCGCGCGUGAAGCGGAUGCACCACAAAAGGGCAACCCAGCCACCUUCGGCACAUUCGGCAUAUUCGGCACCAUCGGUGGAUCCUCUAAAGCCGGCGGCGUAUUGAUGGCUCUCAGCACAGCCUAUGUGAAGUAUUGUCAGAAGGGUAUCAACGACAAUAGCAGGACAGAAAUGAGACAGAUGUAUUUCAAGUUUAUCCUGUGA